AUGAACUACUCUGCCAUUUUCCUGCUCCAAAGGCGUUCAAAGCCGACGCCAUCCCUCCACCACAGCCUCGCCUUCCUCCGAUUCAUGGGCGGAGGAGCCCGAACUUUUCCGGGUGGACUGAACAAAUGGCAAUGGAAACGCCUCCACGAGAAAAAAGCCCGAGAAAAAGAAAAACGCCUGCUUGAUCAGGAAAAGCAAAUUUACCAGGCCAGAGUUCGUUCCCAAAUCAGGGCUAAUCUCUCUGCUUCGCAGAAUCCCAGUUCUGGGCUCGACCCGGCUCAACAGAGCUCCGAUUUCGGCCCUGUAUCGCCUCAAGAACACAUUAAAUCCCUCGCCGAUCGGUUUAUGAAAGAAGGCGCUGAAGACUUGUGGAACGAAGAUGAUGGUCCAAUUAAAGCUUCUGCACCGCAUUUGUCUUCGAGGAGAGUCACUGGUGAGCCUAUUGACAUACGAAAAUUGAUUUCUGAAUAUCAUAAUUUUUCAGAUAGUGGUGUUAAUAAGAGUGGGAACCGGAAUACUUCGCUAGAUAAUUCUUUUAGGGGUCGGAAUUUUUCCAGUGGUUCUGCCGGUUUAAUGCGGUGGUCUGGACAUAGUUUGAAGGUUCACUCUGGAACUGGGAUUUUGCCCCAUUCAAAUAAUUGGUUGAUCCAGAGACGCUUCUUAUGGGAUAUGGGGAGAUGGAUGAGGUUGGGAAUAGAUGGAAAUUGCGGCAAUGGAAGUAGCAUUUCUAUGAAUUUGGAUAGUCUAAUGACAUUGAGACGUUAUUCUGUGGACACAAGAAGUCCAAAGAGGCCUAAAAAGAAAAAAAUUAAAAAGGUAAGACAUUUUACAACAAAUGAGAGUUCUUCAAGUGAGGAUUGUUCAGAUUCGGAAGUUAGUGAGGUUGGUUCAUCAAAUUAUGGAAAAGUUAGGUGGCCAAGUUUUAAACAUAGUAUAAAUGGGAGUAAUUUGUCUGAUUCUGAUACAGACAAUGAGGGAAGCCGUGACGAAAGGGGACAUGGGGGAAAGGUGAAGGGGAUGAUGAGCAGUGCUGCACUUGGGAAGCAUGAUGUGAAGAUAAAGAAGAAAGUGCCCUUGGAGUUUGUUGAAGACGAAGAGGAUGUGUCACAACAAGUAGAGAUGAUCCGUUACCAGCUCAAGAAUAGGCAUCUUGAGGAACCUGAAGUGGGAAAAUUUGAGGAGACUAUUUAUAGUACAAAAAGGUUUGAUGAGUAUGAAGUCUCCCGUUUGACUGUUAAGGCCCUUAAUGAAGCUGGUUAUGUGCAAAUAACCAGAGUUCAGGAGGCUGCACUCUCUACUUGCCUCCAGGGCAAAGAUGUUUUGGUUAAAGCUAGAACUGGCACUGGCAAAACUGCUGCCUUUCUGCUUCCUGCUAUUGAAACAGCUUUAAAGGCAUCAAAUAACAGUUCAAACCAACGGAUCUCUCCAAUUCAUGUUCUUAUCUUGUGUCCUACUCGAGAACUUGCAAGUCAGAUAGCUGCAGAAGCUACUGUAUUGCUGAAGUAUCACGAUGGCAUUGGUGUGCAGACACUAGUUGGAGGAACACGUUUUAAGGUUGAUCAGCAACGCUUGGAAUCAGAACCUUGCCAGAUAAUAGUUGCAACUCCUGGUAGAUUGUUGGAUCAUGUUGAGAACAAGUCUGGAAUAUCUGUACGUUUAAUGGGACUCAAGAUGCUUAUACUUGAUGAGGCAGACCGAUUGCUGGACCUUGGUUUCAGGAAAGACAUGGAAAAAAUUGUUGAUUGCUUACCUCGACAGAGACAGUCCUUACUCUUUUCAGCCACAAUACCAAAGGAGGUUCGCCGGAUUUCACAGCUUAUAUUGAAAAGAGAACACGAUUUUGUGGACACAGUUGGCUAUGCAUUGGAAGCAAAUCCCAAGGUACAGCAAUCUUAUCUUAUCGCACCGCAUGAACAGCAUUUCCAGAUUGUUUAUCAUCUCCUAAAGGGACACAUAUCAGAAGUUUCAGAUUUCAAGGUUAUUGUUUUCUGUACAACAGCUAUCGUAACAUCCCUCCUGUAUUCACUUCUACGCGAGAUGAAAAUGAAUGUGAGGGAGAUACAUUCAAGAAAACCUCAGAUUUAUAGGACUCGAAUAGCUCAAGAAUUCAAGGAAGCUAAAAGACUUAUUCUAGUUACUUCGGAUGUCACAUCUCGGGGAAUGAAUUAUCCCGACGUUACACUGGUUAUCCAGGUGGGCGUUCCUCUAGAUAGGGAACAAUAUAUUCAUCGCCUUGGAAGAACAGGACGUGAAGGCAAGCAGGGAGAAGGCAUACUUUUGCUUGCACCAUGGGAGGAUUCUUUCUUGGAUAAUUUGAGUGACCUCCCUCUUAAGAAAUGCUCUACUCCUUGUUUAGAUCUUGAUGACAAUACAAAGAUGGAAGCAUGUCUUGCAAAGAUCGACAAAGGCCUCAAGGAGGCAGCAUAUCAUUCAUGGCUAGGGUAUUAUAAUUCAAUCAAGGAAAUAAGCAGAGACAAAACGACCCUGGUUGAGCUGGCCAAUCAAUUUUGCAAGUCAAUUGGUUUAGAAAAGGCUCCCGCACUCUUCAGGAAAACAGCAUUGAAGAUGGGUUUGAAAGAUAUUCCGGGCAUUAGAAUACAAAAGUGA